AUGCCAUCUCGACUCAUACUCUUUGGUUUCUUCGCCGGACUCAUAGCACUGCUCGUGUCACCACAGAUCGCCAGCGAGGCAAGAAGCCAGGGAUGCCUUCUGAAAGGACCACCGGGCUUCAUCAAGGACAAGGCUCUGGACUAUGACUUCAUCAGAGGUCUUCAGGUUCCAAAAGUUCAUGGACCACUUGACGCCAUCCUUCUCACCAGAAAUGGUCACAAAAUGUCUGCUGCCCUAACACAAAACGGCGACCACAUUGAGCUGCGCAGUAGCGGACCCCGUAGAACUGCCAAAGUCAUCCAGCACUCGCCGUCUCGAUUCGUGUAUCGAGAAGACCACAGCUACGGACAGCGAGUCUCACACACCAUGAAUUUCGCGGCGACGAGCGUCAGGGACUACAGAACUAAAUUUGAGUACGAGGUCAAGUGGAAAGGCAGUCUUGCAAUGAUGUUUCUAGGGGAGAUCGGCCUCACAAGUCCCGUCGGAUUGGAUGUUGGAAGUAUUGAGGACUUGCGACAGGCUCUCGAGGAUGCGUAUGAAGAUGAGCGGAGAGAAUGGGGAGACGCUCGAUAUAGGUAG